CUUAAUUGUGAAAUCCAUAAACUUAGAGGAAUGGUUAAAGGAUAUAAAAUGUGAUUGGAAUCACCUACAUGACAUAGAAGAAUUUGAAAUACUUAAAACACAUGUCGCGAAGGGAAAUCGUUAUACAACUAUUUAUUUAAGUAAGAAGUAAAUUAAUCGUCACAUAAGACGACCAGGAAACGCUUAACGAUAAUGUUUUACGCGUAAGAUACAUUGCAGUUAUACUUUGUACCAGUUAUGUCACUAUUGUUGCGAUACCAUCUCUUCAACCUCGCAUUCUCGAGAUUUUUAUAUUUGUGAACAAAUCUCAUCUGUGUUAUUUACCGAUUUUUUCAACGAUGCUUAUAGACAAAUCUCGAAAUUAUUAUUGGACUCUUUUUGCGAAUGUUAUAAUUAUUUUGUUUAUAAUAAUUUUGUUUUGCCGUGACAAUUUCUUCAUAUUGACUAUAUUGCACAUACAUGGACUGUACAGAAUUGCUACUUACCAAAUAAAAAAUGCUGUGGAUAGAAAUUCGAUAGAAAUGGGCAUUUCUAAGAAAGAUAUCGUUAUACAUAACCAAAUAAUACACGCAAUGGAAAUUUAUAGCUCAAUAAUAAAGUGGAUUAGGUAUCUGAAACACAAUUUUUCAUUCUCCUGCCUAGUAACCGCUGUAGUAGGGUCAAUAUAUUACGCAAUGGUCAUGUUCAAUAUUUCCAGGACGAUAUCCCAUGGAUACAGAUUUGUCAUGAUUAUGAACUUCGUUAUCAUUAUAAAUAUUAUAAUCUUAGGUAUUAAAAUAUUAUAUAGAAUACAAUGCGUAUUCGACGAAAGUCAGAAAUUCUUCUAUAUUCCAUAUACUGUGGAAUGGUAUAAUUUAUCAUUAUCAAUACAGAAAUUGCUACUUUUUAUUAUGCAAGGAAACCAUCACUCAGCAGUAUUAAAUCUCUAUAGUAUAUUGAUACCUACGUUAGAAAAUUUGAGCACGGAAGACUGUCGUACCAUUGUCGGUUCAAACUGGCUCAGUCAGUGUCUAACGUCUGGUGAGACUGCGGCUCAAGUCUCAAAUUGUCCGAUUCCCAGUUAUGGUUUAUGUCAAAACUACAUCAACAAAAGUAUCCUCGUGACUAUGUGGCUGAUUUUAUUGACUAAUGCUCUUCAUUGUGUAUAUGUUCAUUGGGUCUCACGAGACCCACCACCGGCCAGUACGGCCCGUCAUGCGAGGUUUAAAUGGCAAGACAGCAAAAGCGACGUAAUUAGACGGCUGUCAGAAUGGUAA